AUUCCUAAAUCCGUGAUUGGCGAUUAAUACAUAAGAUUAUGUAUUCGUUUUGCCGAAUUACUUCAUAAUGGCGAGGCAAAUUACAACUGUUUUAAUAGAUCUUAGCGGAACAUUGCAUAUUGAUAACACGGUUAUUCCGGGCGCUGUGCAAGCGUUAAACAGACUACGAAAUGCAAAUUUGUCAAUUAAAUUUGUCACCAAUACCACCAAAGAAUCAAGUAAUUGCUUAUAUGAGCGUCUGACAAGACUUGGAUUUAAUUUGCAAAAAGAAGAGAUUUUCAGUUCUUUAGCUGCAGCAAGAAAACUGAUUAUUUCCCGGCGAUUGAAACCAAUGCUAUUAAUUGACCCAGCAGCGCUGGAAGAUUUUCAAGAUUUAGUAACAGAAGACACACCUGACGCAGUGGUGAUUGGUUUAGCACCAAGCAAAUUCAAUUAUGAUGAGCUAAACAAAGCAUUUAGAUUGCUUCUGAAUGGUGCUUCUUUGAUAGCUAUUCAUGAAGGACGAUAUUAUAAGCAACCUGAUGGUCUAUCUUUAGGGCCAGGAGCAUUUGUCAAAGGAUUAGAAUAUUCUAGCAAUGUAAAAGCAGAGGUUAUCGGUAAACCAACUGUAGGAUUUUUCAAAGCGGCUUUAGAAGAGAUAGAUCCAGCACAAGCUAUAAUGAUUGGGGAUGAUGUGAGAGAUGACGUGGCUGGUGCACAGGCAGUUGGAAUCAAAGGUAUAUUGGUACAAACUGGUAAAUAUAGAGCAGGAGAUGAAAACACAAUCACCCCAGGACCGGCAAAAGUAUGCUCUUCUUUUGUAGACGCUGUUGAAAGUAUUCUUGAUGAGAUUAUUUAAAGAUUUGUGGUUCAAACGAAAUUACGAAGAAUAAAUAGUAAUAGAAUUCUUUAUUCAAAUAUCGUUGCACAAUGCAACUUCUUUUCUAUAUUAAAUUAUAUUUCAUAUAAAUACUGAUUAUUUUAUAGUGUACAUAGUCUGGAGUGUGAGAUGCCCUAUUAUUGUAAAAUAAAUAAUAAAUACAAAUAAAAAUUAA